GCCCGUUACUACGAGCUUUAGUGAUCCUUGUCAUCCUCCCUGCGAUGGCGAAGAUUCCACGAAACUUUCGGCUACUCGAAGAACUUGAAAAAGGCGAGAAGGGCAUUGGCGAUGGGUCGUGCUCGUACGGUUUAGAGGAUGGCGACGAUAUCAUGAUGAGUAACUGGAAUGGCACGAUUAUUGGUCCAGGACAUACCGUGCACGAGAAUCGUAUCUACAGCCUUAAGAUUACUUGUGGAGAGAGCUACCCUGAUAGCGCUCCGACUGUUCAGUUCCUUUCGAAGGUUAAUCUGCCAUUUGUCAACCAGACGAACGGCAUGGUCGAUCCAACCAAGCUUCCUGUGUUGGCUGGAUGGACUCGCAACCACAGCAUCGAGAGUGUUCUCGUAGAGAUGAGAAAGGAGAUGGCGUCGUUCCAUAACAGGAAGCUUCCACAACCGCCAGAAGGUUCUAUGUUUUGAAGCUGGCAUAUAUCAAUUCAACAUGUGCACGGCGAAGGACUAAUUGAGAGGAGAUGGUUGGGUGGAAGUAAGCUUUGUAAUUUCUAACUGUCUUAUAGCAUCUGCAAUCAUCAGAUAUCUUGUACAAUCCGUGGCCAAGUGGCUACCAUUGGUCUUGAUUCCACUCUGGUUCGACGACAUCCAAUAUAGCAUUCUCAGGCUCUACAUACUGGUUACCUCUCCAUUCGCUAAAGUGCAAAUCUACGGGUCGCUCCACCACUAUCAUGGUUGCCGU